AUGAAUAACAUCGAAGGCUGCACGAUGUAUACGACGAUGUUGCCGUGCAACGAGUGCGCCAAAAUGAUCAUACAGUCUCACAUAGCUGAGGUGGUAUUCCUUCGAGAUCGCCCAGCUGGCAAAUGGCAAUAUGACGCUGCUAGGAAAAUGUUUGCUCUUGCCGGUGUAAAAUGUCGCCAAUUCACUACGAGUAUUAAAUCAAUAACCAUAGAUUUAAGUUAA